CGUCACCUACUUGGCCUGGUGGAGAUCGGGAGGAACUGUACUCCUGCUGCGAUCCUGGAGUUCCCCUCCGAUGGCCUCACGCAUACUCAAAGACGUCAUGGAUACAUCCUUAUCCACUGCAUCUUGGCCAUUUAUUGCUUCAUGCUACUGGGCACGGUGUGUGAGCAGUAUUUUGUUCCUGCUAUCGAUAUCAUUUGUGAACGGGUGGACAUGUCAGCGGACGUGACGGGUGCCACCUUCAUGGCAGCCGCUAGUUCCAGCCCGGAGCUGUUCAUCAACUGCGUCGGCACCUUCGUGACGGAGGGCGACCUGGGCGUGGGCGCCAUCGUCGGCUCCGCGGUCUUCAACGUGCUAGCAGUCCCGGCCUGCUGCGCGCUGUUUGCUGGCAGGGUGAUAGAGCUGGACUGGUGGUCGGUGUCGCGCGACUGCCUGAUGUACGCCGUGGCGGUGGUGGCGCUGAUCCAGACUCUCUUGGACGACACCAUCUACUGGCACGAGGCGCUGCUGCUGGUACUCAUGUACAUCUUCUACAUCCUGGCAAUGGUAUUCAACGGUCGCCUAGGAUCGUUUGUGAAAAGUGGGUGCUGCGUUCCCAGCAAACCUAAAAUAUACACGGAGGUUACGCCGCUGCUUAUAAAAGAAAAGCAACACCCCCUGGAUGCCUCAGGUCGCAUGAGCCGCUCCAUCCGUCACGUUAAUUUGGAAAACGGCAUGGAAAUGAUGAAGCGGCACGACUCUACGGGAUCAGACACAAGCAGCAUCAGCUCGCUAUGGUCGUGGCCGGACGAGAAGACAUCUGCCCUAAAGAAGCUGCUGUGGGUGGUCACAUGGCCCCUGGGGCUGAUACUGUGGGCCACUAUCCCCGACUGCCGGCGGCACCCGCGCCUCUACCCGCUCACCUUCGUCAUGUGCAUCGCCUGGAUCGGCGGCGUCUCUUACCUGGUCGCCUGGAUUAUUACUAUACUUGGUGACACCCUAGAAGUCCCAGACAGCAUUACAGGACUGACCAUUCUGGCUGCAGGCACCAGCCUGCCCGAGGCCGUGUCCAGUGUGCUUGUCACUAUGCAAGGGCACGGCACCAUGGGCAUCAGCAAUUCCAUCGGAUCUAAUACUUUCGACAUUUUACUUUGCUUGGGACUCCCUUGGUUGGUGAAAUCUUUAUUCUACCCGUCAGUCCCAGGAAACCAUUGGGUGACGAUAAACUCAAGCGGGCUGUCUUACAGCGCGAUCUCGCUGCUGUCAACUCUGUUCGCGCUGUACGGCUGCCUGGCGCUGAACAAGUUCCAACUGGACUGGCGCAUCGGCGUCACCUGCGCCGCGGUGUACCUGGCCUUCCUCGUCUUCGCUGCGCUCAUAGAACUUAACGUGUUCUUCCUGGUCAACUUGCCUAUCUGUCCUCACUGAU